CAGUUCUGAAGGAGAAGGGCAGUUUUUUGUCAGAUUUAUUGAAGUUUUGUUGGUCAGUGUUUAUUUGCAGUGGAAAAAUGCUUCUGUGAGCUUCCUUUCAAAAAGACAGUUCACUACCAGGCACUGAGCUCUCUUCCCCUUUGCAAAUUAGAGAGAACUUCUUGUGUUCUCCACCUACUGCUGGUGGGCCCAGCUGCUGCUGCUACAGUUCUGGGCUCUGUUUUCCAUCACCUGUGUGGCAUAUGACUCACGCCUCUUGCCCAGCAGAAAAAGCUCUGGUUGUGCUGAUUGGCAGCUGGCUGGAUGUGAGCCCACAAUGUGCCCACGUAAGUGAGUCAGCAUCAGCCUGUUUUGAGUCAGAAAGCAUGGCCAGCAGGACUGGGAAAGUGACUGUCCCCUUGCACAUGGCACUGGUAAAAUCAUACCUUGAGUACUGUGUUGUUUUGGGUCCCUCACUACAAGGACAUUGGGUUGUUUGAGCGUGUAGAGAGAAGAGCAACGGAACUGGUGAGAGGACUAGAAAACAAGGCAUCUGAGUGUGGCUGAGGGAUUUGAGGCUGCUUAGUCUGAAGGAGGUUAGGGGACACCUCAUCACUCUACCUGAAAAGAGGCUGUAGCGAGGUGGGUAUCUUUCAAUUGACAAGUGAUAGCAUGUGAGGAAACAGCCUCAAGUUGUACCAGGUGAGGUUUGGAUUAGAUAUCAGGAAUUUCUUCACGGAAAUGUUGGUUAGGCAUUGGAAUGGACUGCCCAAGGAGGUGGUGGAGUCCUCAUCCUGGAGGUAUUAAGAGAUGAUGUGUAGGCAUGACACUAAGGGCCAUAGUUCAGUGCUGGGACUCAAAAAGUUUGAUGGUUGAACUUGACAAUUUUGUAGGUCUUUUCCAACUUAAAUGAGUCUAUGAUUUGAUGAAAAUGGCUUUGUGGCAUCAUAGUUUGAUGUCAUGUUUUAAAGGGGGGAAAAAAAGAGAUCGUGGCUAUAAUGGGGAGGGUGCGUGCAUGUUGACCUUAAUCUUCAGACCCAAUAUUAGUGUUACUGAAUGUGUGUAUUCAGUACUGGCCCAUAACGAGUAGAAACUAGCUCCAGAAGAGGGCUGAGACAUAAUUUACAGAAAAUAUUGAUUCAGUAUGCAUGUCUCAAUAUCCAACUAGAUGACAGCGGUAUUCCUAUGUUUUUUAAUGCUAUGGCGGGUGAGGGCUCACGUCCCGCCGGCUCCUGCCAAUUCCGACUUCUACCCCGGAGGAACAGCAAUUGAAGCUGGAUGGAAAAGCGCGGAGCCGCCCCGGUCCCUCUGCCCGCCUGCGUUGCCGUGGGAACGGAGUCGCCGCGGCGGCCGCCAUGAGUGCUUCCAGAGCCGGGUCUCGCGCAGCCUCGGCCGCCCCUCGGCUCGUUCAGAUGCAAAGUCACCUCAUCCCGACAGAGAGGAAAAUGAAAGACAGCAAAGCUUUAACUGCUGCUGGUAAUAGAGGAAAUGAAGGGAGAACAGAGUCCACAAAGGAGUCUUGUGAUCGCUUUCUUUUGGAUAUGCCUGUCACCAGAGAGCAGAUGAACCACUAUCGAGCUGCAGCGGAGACUGCUCAGAGUGAGCUAGCAGCACUAUCAGUGAAGUAUGACUGUGUCCAUUCAGAGCUUCUUGAACUCAGGACCAGAAUGAUCUCAAAAGAAACCUCCUUUAAAGAGCUGAAGUCUGAAGCUGAAAACUACAGGGAAAACAAUGCUAGACAGGCAUCUCUCCUCUUGUCUUUGCAAACUCGAGUUCGGGAGACCGAGGAAGAGUUGAGUGGGCUUGUGGCUUCUAAAAAACAGGCUGAGCUGACAGCUCAGGCAGCAUCAAAGGAGAACUGGGAGCUGAAGGAGAAACUUCAUGAGCAAAAUGCCAGACUUAACAAAUAUUUGAAUGAAUGUGAACAAAGCAAGACAGAAUCUUAUAAGAUGAGCAGGAAGUAUGAAGAGCUCCUCAUACAGCUUUCUGAAUUCUUGGACACAGACAUCAAAGAAAAAGAGAAACCAGAGGAACAUUUAAUGUUAAAGGCUUGUGAAAUAUGUAAAGAAAAUCUGGCACUAAAAACUCAGAUUGCUACUCUUCAAGAAGACAUCAAUGGCCAUGAAAUGGAAUCCAAGGCUAGUAGAGAAACUAUCAUGAGGCUUGUUUCAGAGGUGACCAAAGAGCAGAAAAAGGCAGCAGGAUACUAUGAAGACAUGGAAAAACUUAGUAAGGAUCUUGACAAUGCUAAAAUGGCAAGACAGAGUUUGGAAAUGGACAUCAGAAACCUUCAAGAUAAGUUCAAGGUAAAUCAGAAAGCCUGGGAAGCCUCGAAGCAAGAACUUCAUAGCCUGAAGAAAUCUUUCAGUGAGCUGGAUGGAAGUUUGAAGAGUAGCAAAGAAGAAGCCAAGACUGCUCAAAGCUCUUUAGAGGCUUUCAGACAGCAAAUCGCUACCCUUCUCAGUAGCAGCUCGCUAACAGUUAUGCCCUCUGAGAAGGACAUUUUGAAGAGAGUCCAAGAAAUAAACUGCAAAGAGGAGAGUGAAGAGAGAGUGAUAUCUCAACUUGAAACCCAAAUAGCUAAACUGACUGAAACUUUGGAAAAUCAAACCAGAUCAUAUCAAGAAGCUCUGGAGAGAAACAGGAAAGUUGAAAAACAAUCUGAGACUUUCCAAGAUCAGUUGAAACACUUGGAAGAAGAGCUGCUCUCUCUAUAUAUGAUACAAGAUGGUUUGAAGCUUGAGAAACAAAAAUAUAUGAAAUUUCUGGAACAACUUAAUGAAAAGAUGAAGCUGGAUAGCAUUGCAUCAGAGGUUGGAUUUGAUAUGAAUGUGAAUGCAAUUCUGGCUCGGGUAGAGCAAUUAGUCAAACUGGAAGGUGAUGCAGUGAUUGAAAACAAGACUGUGACAUAUAGCCUAAGAAGAAAGUUGAAGACUCAGAAAGAAAGACUUGAAAGCAAGGAGUUGCACGUGAAACUUCUGAGACAGAAAAUAACCCAGCUGGAAGAAGAGAAACAAGUAAGGACAUCACUAGCUAUGGAGAGGGAUGAGGCCAAUCUCACUGUCAGAAAGUUGCAAAAGAUGAUAGAGAGAUUACAGAAGCAGCUUGAUCUGGCAAGGGAAACAAAUACUGAUCUCAAAGCCAAGCUGUCUGAAACUAGUGAGCUUAAGAUCCAGACUAUAGAGCAGAACAGAACAAUAGAAGAACUUAAUAAGUCUCAAGGCAAAUUGGAAAGAAUGAAUGAAAAAGCUGAGAAACAACUAAACUCUGUCAAAUCAGAACUUAAAUUAAAGGAACAGAAAGCUAAUGAAGAAAAAGAAAAAGCCAAAAAGAUGUUAGAAGUGGUUUCCAGUGAAAUGAAGGCACUUAGAACAACCCUUGCAGAAUUAGCAAAUAGGGAAAGACAGCUGGCAGACUUCCGAGAGGUCAUCUCACGAAUGCUGGGCCUUGAUCUUGCUAGCCUAGCUCUGCCUGACUAUGAGAUCAUUACACGUCUGGAAGGGCUGAUUCACUUUAAUCAGCACCAUUUCAUCCCCUGUGUCUGUGUCAAAGAUGUAACAAGGACAGAAGAUGAGUGCUUGGAUAGAAACAUACAGUUUCUUCAUUGAAACAAACCUUUUUGAGGAAACUAAAGUCAUUUUUUCUUCUUCCCUGUCUACUAGACCAGCAUAGAAAAUAGGUCUUUGUUUUUGUUCCCUCUUCUACAGAUACUUGGGCUGAUUUUCAGUGUUUCAGUAGAGACUCUGAGCGUAAUGGACAGUGAACAGCCAGCAGCCUAGGGAGAGCAAACACAAAAUCGCUGGGCAGCAUAAUAUUUUAGACAUGAAAAUGAUGGGCAAUAUGUGAAAAAUGAACAGCUUUCCAAUUCCAGUGCUGAGCCACUGAUGGCAUGAGCCAUCAUCUGUUAACAAUUUGGGCAAAUACUUGGUGGUGAACAUCAGCUUCUGUGAUGUUCCUUGUGCUUUACUUCUUGGAUGAGAGUGAUGAAAUGAAGUGGGGGCCAUCUAGUUGCUAUUUCUUUUGCAAAAUGGGACUUCUCUGUGUAUUUUUAUGCAUAAGAACUUUAGUUUCAAGGCACCUAGGAAGCUGGCUGAGGGCUAUCGUGGUUUUGGAAAAAGGGAUUUUUUUUCUGUCAUUUUUCUCUUUAAUCUGCUCUUGAGUAAAAACAAAAAGUUAUGCUUUUUCAGCAAAGGCUUUUUUACAGACUCCAGUCACAUGCCUGGCAUAGAUAUACAGUAAAAUUAUCUAUAGUAAAAUUGCAUGUUGCCUUUGAUCAUGGCACUUUGAAAGUGUUUCUUCUACCUGCUGUGUUCCUUGGACAAUUAAUCCAUAGGCUCAAAUAAACAUCAGUUCUGACUUAAUACAAAGGUAUUAAAAAUACCCUCAUCCAUUACAGAAAAUAGUUUCUAGUCUUGAUUUUUCAGAAAAACCCAGUUGAUAUGUCCAGAAUUACCUUUUAAUCAUGAAAGUUGCUUGUCUGUUACCCUCUCUGAUUGUUAAACUUCAUGAUUUUAAGACUUUCAAACAAUAAAUAUAUUUUAAUAGUACACUUAAAAAUGAUUCCGUGUUUUUAGUUGUCUCUUCCCAUUCUAUAUUUCAUGUGGUUAGGGAGAACAGUAAAGAUGACUUACCUAUGUAUGUAUGACCAUGGUGGACUUCCUACAGUAUCUCAGCAAAUAAUCAUUCACUAAAACUGAGCACUAUACUAAGACAAAUGAGACUUCAAUUAAAACAAAAACAAAAACAAAAAAAAACCCACAAAAAUUAAAAAAAAAAAUUGAGGUCUAUGAACUUGGAAUAUUCUAGAUUGCUUUUAUUAUUACACCUCUGAAGAAUCAUUUCUCAGUGACUUGGCUUAAAAAAAAAAAAACAACACGAAAACAUCCAUUCUUUUGUGUCAUCAAUGGUUUUUAGGAAAUGUAAUAAUUUAUCUUUAUGCUCCUGUGUUUACUUGGAUUAAAGUCAGUUCUCUUUCUUGUUUUAGGAUGCAACGUUGCUUUUCAGGUAGAGUUUAAUAAAAGGAGUAAUGACAAAAUUGAGUAGGCUUAAAUUUAUGAAAGCACUGUUUUCCAAGUACAAUAAAUUGAAAUUUAAAUACUUUUAGGCAUUCUGGAAAAGGAUGUAGUAAUUUGCUAAUUACAUGAGAAAAUACAAGUGUGUGUUUUGC